CACUACAUUGCUCCCGCUCAUUCUUUGCUGCUCACUUUGCUUUGUCGUUUGAACCACAACUCUUACAACAAAUUCAUCCUGAUGAUACAGCACAAGUACAAAGGAAACUGGGAUAUAUGUUGAGAGGGAUGAGACGGUUUUGAAGGAGAUCAUCUAUGUCCAAAGAGGGUAAUUAGGCUAAACCAAUGGAGGACAUGGAUGCCAGCGCUUCAUCUACUGGGUUCGAGCCUCUCUUCAUCAAAGAAGAGGAUGGGGAGCCAGACAGAACCUUCAUGGAACAAGGGGAGUGCAACACGGCACAAUCUGGACUCACCUUCACAGGAACACAGCUGAAUCCAUCAGCCUUAAUGAAGCCAUACUUACAGGAGAUGGAUGACUUACUGAAGAGCUGUGAGGAACUUACUGGUAUUCCCUUUGGCUCUCGCUUCUCAGAAGGUUACACAGAAACAAGCAUGAGCGAAUCAAUUCUUGGUCAGAGCAAAGAGGAAGUUACAAUGGAGAGCUACAGAGAAACAAGUAUGUCUCCCCAACCAUAUCUUUCCACAAGCUACAUUGACACACACAUGGAUGGGGCCGGAGCAGAAGACCAGUCAGCACAAGGGCAGCUGCAAGGCUUGGGCACCAUCAUCAACAGGUGUGGAAUGACCACUGAAGUUUCUCGCCAGACAGAAAUGCCUAUCACUUCAGCAGGCACCAAACUGAGUGAAACUAUGGUGGAGUAUGAGGGCCAGCUGCUGGGAAUGUUGGCCAUGCUGGAGAAUUGUAUGGAAGAAGCUGGGAUGGACUUUGAGCCACAAGACUGGGCUACAGAUGCAGGCCAUGAAUAUGUGCACAUCAGUAAGAAUCCUAAUAGGGGCACAACACUGGUCCCCAUUCAGCAAGAGAGGCCAGUGAAGUUGGAAACCCAGCCAAUGCAAUUAGAAUCCUGGGCUGCUCAACAUGCAGAGGGAGAUAAAGUUUCCAAGGACAGCAGAAAUGGCGUGACGGUAGGUUCAGCAACAAAUAGAAGUCAGCAGAAUCCUUUGCUUGGCUGCGACACCAUGGGUGGCAUUUCGAUGGAAACACUGGAAAGGUCAGGGAAAACAGUUCAGGGGGUUCUUAAUCCGCAGUUUUCACGGCCAUCAAAGCCAUUAGAUAGUAACGAAAAUGAUCCAAUGUACUGUGAAGGGACAAAGACAGGCUCAGAAACAAAUGAAGACAUAACUGGGACUGAGGUAGAUGACACUGAAAUGUCAGCUGAAGAGAGACUAGAGUCCACGGAUCUGAAAUCUGGGAUGAAUGAAUUAGGAGAUUUGGGGUCUCAGAUGGAGGAGUGCAUAGAGGAAGUACAGCAGUUAGAGAAGAGGAGGAAGGAGCUGUUGACAGAAGUGCUUCAGUUGAGAGGGAAUAAAAACAGAGAGGAGGCAGAGGGGAGCAAUAAGGAGGAAGAAGUGACAGAAGAGCAAAUUGCCACCAAAGUGGCAGAGCUGAUGGCUAUACUAAAGAGUGAGGAAGAGGGGAGAAGGGAGGAGAGGAAAAGGGAGACACAGAGCCUCAGGGAGGAGAGAGCAGAGGAGGAGAGGAGGUUGUGGAAGGUCAACCUGGAGAGACAGGGGCUGCAAGAGGAGUUCAGAAAGCUGAAAAUGAGGCUCUUCGUCACAGCCAGGGACUGUACCCACAGUCAGGCCUCCCUGAACAACCAGCGCCGCGAGACGGAGCUGCUGAGGAGAGAAGAGGUGAAGCUCCAGUCUCUGCUGCUUCAGCUGACAGAGGAGGGCUGCCAGCUCAGGUCAGCCCAGCAACAACAGGUCUUAGAACUACGAGCAGCGCUUCAUGCCCAGGCGUCCAGUAAGACCUCCAACACCCAGGAGGAUCUUACCGAGUGCAGGAGGCAUUCCUGUGGGGACAUCCAGCAGUAUUUGCAGGGUGGACUGAGAGCCCUGGAGGAUAGGUAUGAACCCAUUUUGCUGGCGUUGCUGAAGAGGAGAGACGCAACAGCUGGAGCGCUGGUGAAAGCUAAAGAGCAGGCCCAGGAGCUGAGAGCCCAGCUGGGACCCCUUAGGGAGGAGAUCCAAAAGCUGAAGCUCCAGAGGGCUUGUUUGGAGGAGAAACUCAAACUAAUCCACAUCCAUCGGAGAGAGGAUGCGGGGCAGUACAAGGAGACAGUGUACUGUCUGGAGGAGAGCAGCAGAGAACUGAAGACUGAGUUAAAGAUUCAGAAGAAAAAAACCAAAGACACAGAAGAGUUGAGAGACAGCCUAACCAAACAACUCCUCCUUUACAGGGCUGCCAUUGAGGACCAUAACAAGUGUAACCAUGAGGAGAAAACGUGAUUGUUUUUUUGUUUUUUGUUUUUUAAAUCAAGAACAUACCCGCGAACAUAGUUCCGUGACUUAAUAACAAAACUGAUUAUCUCAUUAUUUUUUAUCUGCAACAUAGUGAAUGCCAAGGUUCUAUUAAUGCACUUUACAUAUAUUAAGAGACAUGCUGUUGUUAAAACAAACAAAACUAAGAUUGACCUAGUUUGUCCAGAACAGUCUGUAAAGAUGAACCAGACUGCUGCUUGUAGAAAGGUUUUUGUUAUGAAUAAAAGCUUUAUGGUUCUUCCAACCUGA